UGGAACGUACGCCGCUCUAUCAAAACGGUUUCCUCAUCCUCUCGUCUCCUGGUGGUGGUGAUAACCCAUCAAUCAAUAAUUCACUAUGGUCUUCUCAUGGAAUUGCGUCAGAUUUCAGAGCUGUCGACCGCGGCGUUAAUGCCACGUCCCGACCUAUUCUUGUCAUGACAUGGUGCGAAUACUUUGCUAUUGCAAGCUGACAAUGAUUCCCUGAAAGUUUCAGGCCCCAGCUGCACACAUGGACAUGUAUCACCCAUCAAAUAUAUGUCAGAAUAUGAAUGGUAUUAUGAACAUCUAAUCUCUAUCUCUCUGUCUCACACACAUGGAAUUAUUCUUCUCGUCGCUGCAAUGGCUACCGGUUCUAUCUCCGGUCAUCCUCUGUAUCCUUCUCUUCUCCUAUCUGUACACCAUUCUGUGGCUAAGACCAGAGCGGUUGAGGCAGAAACUGAGGAGCCAAGGAGUGAAGGGUCCCAAGCCUUCUUUUCUCUUUGGAAACAUACCAGAGAUGAGGAGAAUCCAGCAACUGACCAAGUCUGUGCAGGAACAGGAAGCAGGGACUAGUGACCGGGUUUCCUCAAAUUAUGUGGCUACUCUUUUCCCUUACUUCCUCCACUGGAGCAGAGUUUACGGCCCCAUCUACAUGUAUUCCACCGGAAGCAUACAAACUUUAAGUGUGAUUGAUCCAAACAUUGUGAAGGAGCUGGCCAACUGCAAGUCUUUGGAUGUCGGGAAGCCUAGCUUCUUGCAAAAAGAGCGUGGAGCUCUUCUUGGUUUGGGAAUUUUGACGUAAAAUGGUGAUCUAUGGGUACACCAGAGAAAGGCGAUCGCACCUGAACUCUUCAUGGACAAGGUUAAGGGAAUGGUGAAUUUGAUGAUGAAGGCUGCAGUGCCAAUGUUGAACUUGUGGAAAAACGAUGUUGAGGACAGGGGAGGCAGUGCAGAGAUUGUGGUUGAUGAGUUCUUGAGAAACUUUUCAGCUGAUGUCAUAUCAAGGGCUUGUUUUGGAAGCAGCUUUAGUGAAGGCAAGGAGAUUUUCAUAAAAAUACAGCAACUUCAGACAACAAUGGCAAAACAAAAUAUGUUUAUUGGUGUUCCUGGAAGUAGGUAUUUACCAACAAGGAGCAAUAGAGAGAUCUGGAAUCUGGAUAGUAGCAUCCGUACCCUCAUUUUAAACAUAGCAAAGAAAUAUGAACAUGAUUCACCAACCACAGCGAACAAGGGUCUCCUGCACGCCAUCAUUCAGGGUUCUAAGGAUGGCCCCUUCACUUCAUGCACACGUGAGGAUUUCAUUGUCGACAACUGCAAAAGCAUCUACUUCGCAGGGCAUGAGACAACCUCGACCACGGCUGCAUGGUGUUUGAUGCUUCUAGCUUCACACCAUGAAUGGCAGUCCCGUACCCGGGUUGAAUUGCUUGACAUUUGUCAAGGGAGACCACUAGAUUUUAACAUGCUACGGAAACUGAAAACGCUGACAAUGGUGAUCCAUGAGACGCUCCGCUUGUACCCGCCAGCUGCUUUCGUCGUUCGGGAAGCUCUGAAUGACAUCGAACUUGGCAGCAUCGACAUACCAAAAGGGACUAACAUCUCGAUCCCGAUCGCAAUGGCUCACCGGGAUCCUUCUGUAUGGGGUCCUAGUGCCGACAAGUUUGAUCCAGACAGGUUUGCCAACGGCAUAGCAGGAGCCUGCAAGCCCCUUCAUAUGUACAUGCCCUUCGGCGUUGGGGUCCGGACAUGUGCCGGCCAGAAUCUAGCCAUUGUUGAGCUCAAGGUUGUUCUGUCACUCCUGCUGUCCAAGUUUGAAUUCACGCUUUCUCCAAACUAUGUGCAUUGCCCUGCGUUCAGGCUCACUAUCGAGCCUGGGGAAGGUGUCCCAUUGAUUUUCAGGGAGCUCUGAUGUGCAAUUAUUUUCAGAUGUAUAAAGCUCUGUGCUUCCCAUUGGUGUAGCUAUCUGAAUAUCCGUGGAGUGCAAAUUUGCGUUCUGUAGUAGUAAAAGAUUAGCAUAUUUUAAGUGGAAAUGUCAGGAUGGCCGAGUGGUCUAAGGCGCCAGACUCAAGUUCUGGUCCUCGAUGAGGGCGUGGGUUCAAAUCCCACUUCUGACAAUUUUUAGACAGAAAUCUUUUAAUUGAGUAUUUCAUCAUUUUCUUUUUAAUUGUUUUAUUCUU